AUGCCAUGCACCGUCAAGUUGCGCAUCGUCGCCGCCCGCGGUCUCGCUCUCUCGUGCCUUCACCAGCCCCGCUCUGUCCAGGCUGGAAACAGCUCGACGCCGCUCCCCUCUUUGUCUCUCUCCCCUCACAUUUUCGACGCAAAACGAGAGCGGGAAGCCCACGAGGAGAGGCACGAUAAGGCCGGACGCAAAAAAGAGCGAGACGGACGCGCCACCCAUUCGGCCUCGGGUGUCAAUACACCUGGAGCAGGUGUCUCUACACCCGGAGCAGGGAGCUGUAGCCAUGGACGAAAUGUGCAGUCCUCGGGUUCGGCGUACUCGCCGGCCUUGCCAGAUCUUCUCGCCGUCUCCAUCGCCCUGGGGCCGCAUUUCCACGAGCGGACGAAAGCCAGGGCUCCCGCCUACUUGCCACCCGAGGAGGCCAGCUUGCUCCCCGCCCCCCUCCGGUGUCCGUACACCUGGAACGAGACGUUUCGGAUCGAGGUGCCGGACGAGGCCGUGCUCCAGACCUGGCCAUUAGAAUUCGACCUCGUUAGUCUCGCUCCGCACGAAGGCUUUCCUUCGCCUGUCUCGGGCAAUCCAGUCGGCCUUCCUGGCCCGAGCGCGGCUCCGGGCAUGUUCGGCGCAAAAGCGUCGGUGCAUGCUUCGAGGCCUGCCGGUGCCCCUCCACGCGUCGCGUGGAGCCGCGCGCGCGCCUUCUGCCGUAUGGCAGGUCUGCGGCACGUGGGCUCCAAGACCGCGAGUCCUCACAGCCAAGAGAAGCCGUGGUUUGUCGGCAGCGCCGGAGACGCCAAGGCCCUCGCCCGCGGCAGCACCGGCUCAGUAGCCGCAGAGGGGUCCGCGAGCUCGUCCGCCGCCGCUGCCGGCUGUCUCCUCGGCACGUUGCUCCUCGACUUGACGCCGCUGCUGAGCGCGGGCGACGCCAGCGAUGACCACGGUCGCUUUGCGGGAUGGGACGCAGGCGAGGAAGAAUGCGCAACUGUCGGCGAGGGCGAUCGGGAAAUCCGAGUCCGCCUGCCGCCCCGCGGACAAAUGGAGGGGUGGUUCCCGGUGCUCGACAGCAAAAAAGGCAUUGUUGGCGAACUGUGGAUCUCAGUGCGUCUCUCCUUCGCCCGACAACUUAACCCCUUCAGCUCGGCGUCUUCUGGGUUUGUCCGUUUCUUCGCUCUCCCUGGCCCUCCCCAGGAAUAUCUCCACUCCGGUGUCAGCCUCCUAGGAUUAGUUGAAGAGCUGCUUCUCGUCUCUCCGCCGUCGGAGGAGGACGCGGACUUUGCCUACUGGCGCGAGAUGAUGCGCAGAUCUGCGAAACGCCCGGGGAACCUUCGCCGCCUCAUGCUGCACCGAGCGCUGAUGCUCACGCGGCGGACGAUUGCGACAAAGGUGGAACAGCGUGGCGGGAAUGCAGUGCUGGGCUACCGCGCCGUGCUGGAAAUCGACGGAGACUUUGACGGCGGCGACUCUGCGGACGCGCGCUCGACGUGGUGCGUCCGCGCAUUCGGAACAGUCGUCCGCCUGUCUGUCCCGGUGGCCCAGCGCGCGUCGGGUGCACCGCUGGCGUCGCUCAGGCCUGGCAACGCUCUCUGGCCCCGACCGCCGGACCGAGACGCGGGCAAAGCCCGUCCGACGCGUCUCCACCGCGAGACGCCCGGACGCAGUUUGGAGCUUAAAACCCCAAAGACAGAGCUAAGGGAUCCGAUUCGCGUCGCAGAAAACGUCGACCUCCUGGUGGGGGCUCCUGGGCACGCGCCGCAGCCUGUGCGGUAUGCACGCGCAGCACGUCACGCCGCGUUUCCAGCGUUUCUCUUUGGGGGAUCCAAAGCUGGCGACGGGGCCGAAGAGAACGAAAGGCAGCCCGGAUUGCUUGAGUCGUUCACGUCAGCGUCUCGUUCGGCUUCCUACCCGAGUCGCGAGCGAGGCUCGGAAUCGUCGAAGGAAGAGUGCCGAAUGGCCGCUGACCUUCCAGGAUCCCGGAGCGCUUUGGAGGGAGACACGCAAAGCCAACGGAGCCAGGGCGGUCCAGGGGAGGACGACAGGCUCAGCGAAGGUGGCCGCGGAUGGGCGCGACGCACACGGGAGCUGAGCGACGAGGACAAGCGCCAGGGGAGUGAGAGUCGAGAACGGGGCUCCACAGACGACUUCGAAAACGGGCAGAGACGCAUGUGCGGGCGCGAGGUCGAAGUCGACCUGUGGGCGGGGAGGCGCAGAGAAAGGAAAAGCGCGCAGGAGCCACGCGCACUAACGCGCGUAAGGGGCGGUGCAGGCAUGCGCGGUCGCAGCGCUGGAGACCUUGACCGGCACUGCAGAAGAAGCUACGUCGACCUGGAUGCUGAGCAAGGCUGGGAACGGGGCGAAGGCGCGGGACCCAUCGACGAGGGCAAUCCCCCCCUGCACGGACGAAGAAGUCCGAGCUGGAGCGAAGACGAACGCGGAGAGCGACCCACGAGGCUCGGGCCGGGCGGAGGACACCCCGAGCGGAAUCGAACUGCCAUGAGGGAAGACGGAGGCGCCCCCGAAGACUUCUCGACCAGGCGGCAAACCCGAGGAAGCGCAGAACGUGAGGAUGCUGGCCACUGA